GCAUUGCUACGUAGAGACAUUAUUCCUGAAUUUUCUUGUUUCUGAGAAGCAUAGUUGCAUGAUGUCGUGGAGGAGCAACGCUAAAAAGAGUGACGUACGUUCCCCAUAAUCUAAGCGGUCCAACAAAAACGAUAAUGUGCUGAGUCGCUGUGUCCAUAGACUAGUGUCUGCAGAGCAUUUCUCUAAAUAAUGCACAUCAAACGUCAACGUCUGCAGCCUUUGAACAAGCGGAUUCCAAAGAACCCGAAGUACAGUCAUGUAAAGGCUACAGUAGACACCGGAGCUAGUCUUGGCAAGUAUCUGGCCCGCCUGGAGGACAUGAGGAAAAACUAUAGAUUUCGACCAGAUGAGAUAUUCAAGAGGCUGAAGGCAACAACAUUUGUUCAGCUGGUAGUUCAGGUGGCACUGACACGUAUGCAAGAUGACGAAGAGGUCGAAGAUGAGGAACCUACCCCUCUGCCUGAAGAUGAGUCUCCUCCAGACACAGCGCGAUCUACUCUGAACAGUAUAGUGCAUGGGAUAGGGGAGUUGGAUGUCGCUGAUGAUGAACCGUCACAGCCGCCCUCGCCACGCCUCCCUCCCACCUCCCCCUACCUCCUCCUGGACGUCAGGGACACUGACGAAUACCAGCGCUGCCACGUCAUCAGUGCUAAGAGCUAUCCUGUUGCCAUGCUGUCGAGAUCUUGCAACUACUUCACACAGGACAUUCUGGACUAUAGCAACAAACCGGGUCACAUCAUCAUUUUGUAUGACGACAAUGAGAGGAUGGCUCCACAGGCUGCCACUGUGUUUGUCCAGAGAGGAGUCGACAACGUCUUCUUACUCUCUGGAGGUAUGAGAGUUCUACACAGAGUGUUCCCGCAGGGGAUAAUUACAGGGAGCCUCCCGCCGUCCUGUCUCCCCAGCCCUCCCCCGUCCUCUCGGAGGUCACAAAGGACACCUCGUCACCCCCCUGCCCUCCCUGCCCUUCCCAUACCAUCUUGAAUGGCCCUCUCCUAAUGAUAUUGCUGUUCUCCAAGAACAACUGGACCAGGUCCUGCUGGCAAAUGAGCCGCCCAGUUCACGGGCCAGCACCAGAGCUGGAGGUGGGAGUGGCAGUCGAGCUGCUGCCUCCAGUCGGAGUGGUCCAGCCAGUUCCCGGGCCUCCUCCCACCGCACCUCACCUCCCAACUCUAGCAGAGGAACCACUCCAUGGAAAUAGUGACUGAAAAACAGUCUCCACUCUCCAGCCUACAAUGCUUUGAUCUCGAUCGCGUGGUUAUAUAACUGAUGUGCAUCAGCUCCAUCAGCUGUAAGUCAUCUCCCCUAUAAUAAUCAUACUCAAACUGCAAAAAGUAAUACCGCUAGACAUUGACACCCCAUGGAGCAAUUUCGAAUUUCAAACAGCAUACAAUACCAAACAAUAUUAUUGAGAAUGACAAACAAAAUUGAUGUGAAGUGUAUAACAUGGUAAUGCCAAUUAUUACGUCAGUUUUAAGCUAUGACUUUGGGUCUGCCCCUGUCAUUAUCAGCUCCAACAGUAGCUGUAAGUCUUCUGCCAGGAAGGCAGGUAGCCGAGCAUUGGGUUGACCACCACUCUCACGAGUGGGAUGGUGGCUGCCAGGUAGCUGAGUAGCCUCACUAGGAGGUCCCUGGUGUAGCGGUCGUAGAACGGAGUCCUCAGGAGGUAGAGGAGGAGAGAGACGCGACGACGAACAAUCUCGGACUUGUUCUCCUUUGACCUCCAGCGGAGGAGACCUCCGUGGAGCUGGAGGCUGGCGAGGUCAAGGGUCAUGGAGAGGAGCCACGGCUUCCAUGAUCCCUGGGAGAAGCUGAACAUCGAUGCCACUGUGUGUGUGUGUGUGCGUGUGU